AUGAGGUCGCUUGCACAAACGAUCGUACAUGACAGAAGGGCUAACAGAGUUUAUUUGAAUGGUACAGGUUGGCCAAACAAUGUAUCACAUGCAGAGCUUGAUCUUGCAAAAUUCGUCACGGUAUUGGUUGCAUUGGGUAUGAUCUGUCUGGCAAUGAGCAUGAGUUCCCUGGUGGAAGCACGCCAUUACCAGUCAUCUCCGUCUUCUUCAUCAUCUUCAUCCUCAUCCUCAUCAUCUUCAUCAAGCGGGGGGAGUUCAUCAAGCUGUCCACUAAAUGCAGUGAAAUUGGGAGCUUGUGUGGAUGUGCUGGGAGGGCUGGUAAAUGCUACAAUUGGAGAUCCCGCUGUGAACAAAUGCUGCCCUGUUCUACAAGGCGUUUUGGAAAUAGAGGCAGCCCUGUGUCUGUGUACAACCAUUAGGGCAAAGGUUCUGAACCUGAACAUCAUCCUUCCCAUCGCACUUGAGCUCUUUGUUCAAUGCGGCCUCACCCCUCCUCCUGGUUUCAAAUGCCCUCCUCUUAACUGA